AUGGGCUCGUCACCAGAGCAAAAAACAAACGGGGAGGCGAGCCUCUCGCACCUUGGAUAUACCCCUACGAUCAGAGUGUCUGAACCAUGGACGGUCGACAAGGCGUUGGAUGCGAUCCCUGACCAGCCACCCACAGAGGCUGAGUCGCCGAUUCCGUUCUUCCACAUGCUCGAGCGAUUGAAGACCACAAAGAGAGAGGGAUGGAGGCGUUUCGCGAUCGACAGGGGAGAGUCCAUCGCAGACCACAUGUACCGAAUGUCGAUGAUAUCCAUGUUUGCACCCCCGGCUCUACGCGAAAAGCUCGAUCUCAACAAGUGUAUUAAGAUGAGUCUCAUCCAUGACAUGGCCGAGCUCCUUGUGGGCGACAUCACUCCCGUCGACAACGUGCCUAAGCCUGAGAAGAACCGCCGGGAGGCUUCCACCAUGGAUCUCCUGGGCAAGAAUUACCUGCGCAAUGUGCCUGGUGGCAAGGUAUCGGGGGCGGAGAUGCAGGCGAUCUGGCAAGAGUACGAGGAUUCAAAGACCCCCGAGAGCAUCUUUGUCCACGACGUCGACAAGGUUGAGCUGCUUUUGCAAAUGGUCGAAUAUGAGAAGGCGGCCAAGGGCAAGGUGGACCUCGGAGAAUUCGCAUACGUCGCUAGCAAGGUGGUGCUUCCCGAGAUGAAGGCUUGGGCUGAUGAGCUUCUCCAAGAGCGAGAGCAGUUCUGGGGAAGCACGGAUCAUGUCCGUGGCGAGAGAGGUUUCGAAGGCGGCGUGGAAGGCGAGACAGUGAAUGGACAAAAUGACUACUAUCAGAGGGACAAUUGA